AUGAAUGUGUUGCUGGCCGGUCGUGAUACGACUGCUAGUCUACUCGGUAACCUGUUCUUCAUGCUGGCUAAGAAGCCGGAGAUUUGGAACAGGCUGCGUGCAGAAAUAGCUAGUUUAGAGGGCCGGGCACCAACGUAUGAGGAGCUCCGCGGCCUUCGAUACGUUCAAUGCUGUAUAAAUGAAUCGCUCCGUUUACACCCCGUUGUCCCGCGCAAUGAACGCCAGGCGGUACGGGAUACAGUCCUACCUCUCGGAGGAGGCAGUGAUGGUCUCUCACCUGUCUUCGUGCCCAAGGGUACCAUCGUAUCCUACAACGUCUACGCGAUGCAUCGGCGGCCUGAGUUCUACGGCCCAGACGCAGAGGAAUUCCGUCCUGAGCGCUGGGAGGAUGGAAAGCUGCAGCCGCGCUGGGGUUACCUGCCGUUUAAUGGCGGCCCGCGCAGCUGCAUCGGGCAGCGAUAUGCGUUGACUGAAGUUAGCUAUGUUCUUGUCCGGAUGGCGCAGGAGUUCCGGAUCCUGGAGAGUCGGGAUCCGGGCCCGUGGGAGGAAUCCCUGGCUUUGACGCUGUGCUCGCGGAAUGGAAGGAGGGUGUGUCUUGUUCCUGGUUAA